UCAAAAUCUUUUGUGCCUGGAACCCGGACAUUCUGCAGGCCUUGUUCGACACGUUCGGCCCGCAAGGCUUAACACACCUGACGCUCAGGAUACUUCAUGCCAGUCGUUACGUUGUUGGAGCCCUGUACCAACCUGCGCACGAUAACAAUCGAGCUUCUCAGCGGUGAGCCGCCGGAACACACAAAAAUCGUAAAGUGUGCCAGUGUGCUCGUAUCUCAGCUUCACUCUCCUUUUCUCGACACGAUCACUCUGAGGAUCGACAAUAAUCCAUACUCGGUGGUCUGGGAGGGUGAUGACUGGAACUUCGACCACCUCCGGAUGGUGGAUUGGCGCAGCAUCAACGACACUCUCGAACGGCCCGCUCUCAAGGAUCUACGAAAGUUCGAAAUAAUUGGGCGAGGUCCCAAAGGAGCACUCGAGGCGUGUCUGGAUGAGCUUUGUCGGAACGCUUACAGAAGAGGGUUAUUCCGCUUGACGGUGAGAGACCAAAACUCUGUUGACCGGCCACCUCAAGAUAUAAUGGUUCCGCCAACGCUUGGACGAUACGAUUGAUUGCUCGUACAUCGGCGACCGUCCUUGAGCUCCCUAUGUACUCCAUCGCUCGAGCGCAGGUACGCAAGUGACUUGCGACAUAUCGCAUGAAUCGCUCUACUCAUAUGAAGUCCCUUCGUGAUUAGGAGCAUUGGCCGGACAUACACUUCAAGCUCAAGAUCUGUUCAUUUGACGUAGUUAACUAUCGCGAAAUAUGCAUUCCCCUCAUGACUCAGAGACAGAUAUCUGUCUCCAAGGGACCGUUUAGUCGAAGCAUCGUGUCGCAA